GCAAUGUAUUAUGGGAACUGUCGGCAAACAUUUGACAGCGUCUUCCAGCAUGGAGGACGCCGCAGUAGUCACGCAUGGCAGUGGAUAUGUCUCAGACCCAGAGGACGACCAGUAUUCAGACAACGAUUUUGGACCAUCGAAACUGGGAACUAAAGAAUAUUGGGAGGCUGCUUACCAAAAAGAACUUGAGACAUUCAAAGACAUUGGGGAUAUUGGUGAGAUAUGGUUUGGUGAGGGAAGCAUGAGUCGUGUCCUGCGAUGGAUGGACAAUGCUAAUAUCCCUAAAGAUGCCUCAAUUCUGGAUAUCGGAACUGGAAAUGGGGCAUUUUUAGUUGAACUGGCUAGGCAAGGAUACAGGAAUUUGGUGGGCAUAGAUUAUAGUCCAGCAUCUGUAGAAUUGGCCAGAAGUGUCCUUCAGGCGGAGGACUUGGCAGAUGUCAGCGUUAAGGAGAUGGAUUUCUUAAGAUGUCAAGGGGAGCUGAGGGAUUUUGACAUCUGUAUCGACAAGGGAACAUUUGAUGCUAUAAGCCUCAACCCAGAAAACACAGAGGAAGGCAAAAAACUUUAUGUCCAAGCUCUAAAAAGGGCUCUGAAAAACAAAGGAUUUUUUGUAAUCACUUCCUGCAACUGGACAAAAGAGCAGCUGCUAGAAAGAUUUAAUGAAGGAUUUGAGUUUGUGCGGGAGCUGCCAACACCCAGUUUUCAGUUUGGAGGCAAGACAGGCAGCAGUGUGUCAGCACUCGUCUUCAAACAAGUACACUGACUGAUGUCUUCAGGGAUUUUUUUCCCCAUCAAGAAUUGUUUUCAAUAUACUUCUGUACAUUAAGACUUUUUUUUACAUGAUCUCUGAUUAUGCAUUUUUGCAUAAUCAGAACUUCUUUAACUGUAAUAAAGAAGACAUUUUCCCUAGCCAA